UUGAGACAAAAAUUAUCAGCGCUAUUCCAAUUAUACUAUGCUAAUUCGUAAUAGUGGAUUAUUACUCGUACUUAUUAAGGAGUAUUAACUUUUCCUGCCAAAUUAAAACGAAAAACUCCAUCUUUGCCGAUCUCAAUACAAUCUAUCUCUAAAAACCCAAAAUUGAUGACUUAACUAGACUUGAAAAAUACUCCAAUUUCAUGUCAUAUCAUUGUUGAAUAAUCUGCAUUGAAUCAAACCCAGAUCACCCUAUUUUCCCUAUUUUUUCCUAUUUCUUCUUAAUUUCUACCGACAUUCUAUCAAAAAAUUUAAUCUUUCUGAUUUAGCAAUCGCUUCUGGGUUCACCCAGAACAGGUGAUUGUUGAUCGAUAUGCUUUGGUUACAUCAAUGAUAAUGAGGCUGUAGUAUUCGAGUGUGACUGUAAUUGGGUAUUUUGGCUUGAUGCUAUCCGUUUUUUGAUUAAUUCCUGCAUAAUUCAGGUGAUAGUUGAUCAAUAUCCGUUGGUUACAUCAAUGAUAAUGAGGCUGUAGUAUUUGAGUGUGACGGUAAUUGGGUAUUUCGGCUUGAUGCUAUCACAAGUUUAGAGAGUUUUGUAGCUUAGGUGUGUGGACUAUGAGAACUGAGGUUUCGAGAUGGAUUAUAGGUUUGAUAUAUAUUGUGGCAGUGGCCGGUAUUUGGAUUGCUGCUAGCUACGUGGUUCAAUCUGUUGUUGAUGAAGGAAUUUCGCCCUUCCUCAUCACAUACAUUUGUAAUUCAUUGUUUAUAGUUUAUAUCCCUCUUGUGGAAGCUUCAAGAUAUUUGGAAAAUUAUAAUGGGAAAUUUUGCUUUUGGCGGAAAAAACCGGAAGUUGGCUCGCAAGAAUUAGCUCGUUCUGAGGAGGUUGUCCUUCUUGGGAAAAGCGAUUUAGACGAGCCUACAUGUGGUUUAAAUCCCCAUUUAGGUAUUAGCCAAGAAGAAACUAAUCUAAGCUCUAUAGAAUCUGUUCCUGAGUCAAAUUUUGAAGAGGAAAAUGAUUUGCCUGGCCAAGUUAGUGCUGAUAAAGAUCUUGAUAAACAACUGGAUUCAAAGGGACGUUGGACACGCUCUAGGGUAGCAAGAGUCAGCCUAUUGAUUUGCCCAUUUUGGUUUUUGGCACAGCUUACCUUUAAUCUUUCGUUGAAGUAUACGACAGUCACUUCAAAUACAAUCUUAAGCACGUCUUCUAGCCUUUUCACCUUUAUGCUCUCUCUGGCAUUCUUGGGCGAGAAGUUCACUUGGUUGAAGCUCAUGGGUGUACUUCUUUGUAUGGGAGGAACAAUCAUUGUCAGCUUGGGUGACAAGGAAGCAGGAAAGGGCGUAAUCAACUCGAAUCCUAUUCUUGGAGAUAUAUUGUCUCUUUCUUCAGCUGGUCUAUAUGCUGUAUAUAUAACACUCAUUCGUAAGAAGUUGCCUGAUGAUGAGAAAAGCGGUCAAGUUAGCAUGGCACAGUUUCUGGGGUAUUUGGGAUUUUUCAACAUGGUGAUUUUCCUACCUGUUGUGCUUGUAUUGCAGUUGGCUAAGGUGGAAUUUUUUACCACAUUUACCUGGAAGCAGUUUGGCUUGAUUAUAGGCAAAGGUUUGCUUGAUAAUGUUUUGAGUGAUUACUUGUGGGCCAAAGCUGUUCUUUUGACGACAACGACAGUGGCAACGGCGGGUCUCACAAUUCAGGUGCCUUUGGCAGCUUUGGUUGAUACUCUGGUGGGCAACGCUCCCAAUGCAAUGGACUACAUUGGAGCUGCAGCUGUCAUGGCUGGGUUUGCUGGCAUCAAUAUUCCUUCAGAUGUGUGUAGUCAGUCCGAGGAGGUUACCUUGGAGCUAGAAAACAGAACUCACCAUCAGAACCAUGUCUUAUCAAACACCACAGAAGAACUUUAGGUUUCUCUUAGGAUAACGCGAUAUCUGCCAGAGUUAUGCUGAAUACCAUCCCGAGAAAUGGUUCUACCACUCCAUUGGAGGCAGAUUUUUGCAAGAUUUCAGCCAAUGCUUGGCCAUUAUUGAACAGUUUCAACUUCUACUCAGAGUCCAUUACACUUAUACACUAGGUAGCCUUGUAACUAUUUUUUGUGGAUAUAGUUCAAUGACAUAUAGAUGCUACUAAGAAUUUUGUGAAAUGUAAAAAGAAAUAUAAAUAUAACUAAGCCAGUGCUGGUUGAUCUCCAAAUUAUUUACCUUGAAUGUACUUGAUUGGUUUGUGUGGCACAAAAUGUGGUCACUAUUCACUAUGAAA